GUGUGAUUCUUAUUGAUGAACCCCUGAUUGAUUCGGAAUUUUCGAUGAAACAAUGAAUCGAAGAAUUGAAACAAUGCACUGACAAUGAUACACAAUUUCGUGUCCGAAGUAUUUACAGUGGGUUUCUUUGCUUAUUGUCUGAACUGUUAUUAUGAUUUAAAAAAAAAAAAACGAUGUUCGACCCGCAGCCAGUCGGUUGCGAUAUUAAGCAAAUAACCCACAAGUAGGAAGCUCAACGUUUGUUUCCGUCAAAACUAUUUUUGAGAAUUCAUACAUCUGAAAUACCGCAGUAUCGUAAUCGAACAACAACACACAAGCUAUAUCAAGCUCAAGAUUAAUAGGCUCAUCGAAAAAUGAUGCAUUCGCGUCUAAAUGUACCACUGUCACAAGAAAACCCGUUGUGGUUAUCUUGGCAUGAUUCAGCAUGGAUUGCCGUCCUGAAUCCAACCAAUGUCAUGGAUUAUUUCAUGGAGAAAUCAAAUCCAUUCUAUGAUCGUACGUGCAACAAUGAAAUUGUAAAAAUGCAACGUCAAAGCUUUGAACAUUUAAACAAUAUGGUUGGAGUGGAAUAUAUUUUAUUGCAUGUUCAAGAUCCAAUUUUGUAUGUGAUACGAAAGCAGCAUCGUCAUUCACCAAAAGAAGCAACUCCAAUGGCUGACUACUACAUAAUUGCUGGAAUUAUUUACCAAGCACCCGAUUUAUCUAGUGUAUUCAAUUCUCGAUUGCUAUCGACUGUGCAUCACUUACAAACUGCAUUCGAAGAGGCGAGCUCAUAUUCACGUUACCACCCAAACAAAGGCUAUACAUGGGAUUUUGCGAGUAACAAAGCCUUAACUGAUAAAUCAAAGGCGCAAAUGAAGAAAGAACCCGAAAAAGCAAAAGAAGAGCCAAGUUCGAUGUUCCAACGACAACGAGUCGAUAUGCUGUUGGGUGAACUUAUGCGAAAGUUUCCACUACCAAUGUUACCCAAUCCGAAUGCCCCGCCAACGGCAGCAUCCGACCAGCAACCACAACGACCUGAUUUAAAAGAAACAAAUCCAAAUAGCAUUGUCACAAACACAACAGCGAAUACCAAUGGCAAUAAUCAAAAUGGUGAAUUUAAACCGCCCGAAAAGCGAGCCAAAUGAAUAUCACUCAUAGUUUAUAAUUUUAUUUUCAAAUAUACGUCUUUUUUAUUUACCAAAAGAAAGA